CCUUGGCUGCAGGGAUGUUCCCCAGGCUGAAGGAAACCAAGUGCCUUUGACCUUCCCCAGAGUUGGUUUCUAGACCCCCGAGCAGGUGUUCUGUGUGACAGCUCUGUGGUUUUAAUACCUGAUAGUCCUGACAUUUCUGCCUCAGAUCCUUUGUGUUUCAAAUUUACAGCAGAACCUGACUUCAGCCUCUCUUGCUGUCCUUCACGAGACCUGUUGCUGCAGGGACGGCUGAACCCAUUCGCCAGCAUCCCUCAGCUGGUCCUGUCUUGGUGUUCUCCAGUGGCUUCUCCUGUGAACCCCAGCCUGAGCAGCCCCUUGUGAUGAUUCAACAGCUGUAGGGACCCUUGGCUUGCUCUCUGUAACAUUUCUGAUUUUGUGAAUCACUACCAGGCAGUGCCAAAAGUCACAGCUUGCUGGGGCUCAGACCAGAUUUUCCUGGCUGGCAAAGACCAUUAACAUGUGGGGAAAUACAUGAAGAGUAUAUGAAAUUGGCUUUAGGAAGCCGAAAAAUGUUUAGAUCCCUGUGUGGCUCACUGUGAAAUGAGCCACACAGGCUCACUAUGCACUAUGGCAUGCACUAUGUUGUAAACUUCUGAAGUGAGAAAAGGUCAAAUGAUGCUUCCUGCAGUUCCUGAUUCCAUAGCAGUGGGAUGACUUGUCUGGGACACCUCAGGAAAGCAAAUAGACAAAAUCAGUUCUUUGAGGAGUAAAAAUUAUGAAUAUCCUUACUCUGCUGAAGUAGUUCUUGUGGAGACCAACACCUCAGCAGCAAUUGUCACACCCUGAAGGGGUUCAGCAUUUCCUGUUUCUGCAGUGCUGUGAGGAGGAUUACAUCCUUUUCGUUGGAAUGUUGAGCCCAGUGUGGUAAUCCAGAGGACGACCUGUCCACAUCAGCAGAAGGACUUGGUGCAGGACUCCAAGCAGUGUCCCCAGGGACAAAAAUAAAAACUCAGAAGCACAUGAAGGUUGGAAAAGACCUCCAAGAUCAGGGAGUCCAGCCUUCAAUUCAGUAUCACCAUACCCACAAGCCCGUACCCCAAAGUGCCAUGUGUACUCAUUUUUUGGAGCACUUGCACUUCCAGGGAUGCUGACUCCACCACUUCCCUGGGGAGCCUGUGGCACACAGUGCUUAAGCACUCUGAAAGCUUUCCUCGUAUCCAAGCCGAACCUACCGUGGUGCACAGAGUGCUGCAUCCAGCCCUGGGCCCAGCACAGGAAGGACAGGGAGCUGCUGGAGCCAGUGCAGAGCUGGGAAACCAAGGGGAUCAGAGGGAUGGAGCAGCUCUGCUGGGAGGAAAGGCUGAGGGAAUUGGGAUUGUUCAGCCUGGAGAAGAGAAGGCUUUGGGGUGAUGUGAUCGUAGUCCUUCACUGCCUGAAGGGAACUUAAAGGAAAGUUGCUGAGAGACUGGUCCUGUCACUGCAGACCCUUGUCAAGGGAGAAUGGCUUCACACUGACAGAGAGCAGCUUUAGGUUUGAUAUGAGGGAGAAAUUCUUCCCUGUGAGGGUGGUGAGGCUCUGGCACAGGUUGCCCAUAGCAGCUGUGGCUGCCCUUGGGUCCCUGGAAGUGUCCAAGACCAGGUUGGAUGGGGCUCCGAGCAGCCUGGGAUAGUGGAAGGUGUCCCUGCCCAUGGCAGGAGGGGUGGAACAAGAUGAUCUUUAGCUUUCCUUCCAACCCAGACCAUUCUAUUGAUUUGAUCUCAUUCUGUCCCUUGUUCCCUGGGAGCAGAGCCUGACCCCCAGCUGGCUGCACCCUCCUGUCAGGGAGGUGUGGAGAGCAUUAGGGCUCCCCCGAGCCUCCUUUUCCUCCAGGUUGAACAGCCCCAGCUCCCUCAGCCGCUCCUCAUCAGACUUGUGCUCCAGCCUCUUGUCCUGCUCCGUUCCCCCCUCUGGACACGCUCCAGCCCUUCAGUGUCCAUCCUGCAGUGCCAGGCCCAGAACUGGACACAGCCCCUGGGGCGAGGCCUCCCCAGUGCCCACAGCAGGGGGGGACAGUCACUGCCCAGGUCCUGCUGACCACACCAUUGCUGACCCUGCCCAGCAGCCAUUGGCCUUCUUGCCCACUUGGGCAUGCACUGUGGACCAGCAGGCCCCGGCCCUUUCCUGCUGGGCUCUUCCCAGCCACUCUUCCCCAGCCUGGAGCUGCUGGGGGUUGCUGUGACCCAGGGGUAGUCCCUGGCACUCGAGAUCUUGUUCAACCUCAAGUGUAUGAAACGGGACUGGCUCUGACACUGGGCUUUGGGGCAUAGCACCAGUGACCCACUGCCCACUGGAUUAAUUCUACCACCACUCUCUGGGCCCAGCCAUCCAGGCGCUUUAUUCCCAGCAAACUUGGAGCCUGUUAAAUCUGUGGGCUGCAAGGACAAGGACACUCCAGGAGAGUGCUGUGGGAGCAGUGAUCAAAGGCUUUAGAAGGCCUGGGUACACAAUAGCCUUUCCACAGCCUUUUGCCAUCCAUUGGGUGUUCAUAGAAGGAGGUUGGGUCAGUCAAGCAGGACCUGCUUGAAUUUGAGCUGGCUGGGCCUGAUGCCCAAGUGGUGCAGCACACAUGGUGUCAUUGCACUCCAGGUAAUCUCUUCCAUACACUUCCCAGGAUCUGAGGUAUGACAGGCCUCUGGUUUUCCCAGUUGUUCCUUCCUAGCCUUCUCAUAGGGGGGUGUCACAUUGGCUAUCCUCCAGUCACCCAGGAGCUCUCCAGUUCACCAGGACUCCUGAUAAACAAUGGAGAGUGGAGCUUUGUGGGCUGCUUCACUAGCUCCCAGCAGAAGGAUGGCAUCUGCCUAGACUUGUGCAUGUCUGGGCAGCACAGCAGUUCACCAACAACUUCCUCCUGCAGUGCGGGGACUUAGUUCUGCUCCCUGUUUCUGUCUUCUGGCUCAGAGGGCUGGAUAUGCAGAGGGUAACUGGGCUUUCGCUUAAAGGCUGAGGUCAAGAAGGCAUUGAAUACCUCAGCCUCUCCCUCAUCCCUGGAGGUCAUGUUCCCACCCCAGCAUGCAAUAAAGGAUGGAGAAUCUCCUUGGCCUCUUUUUGUUAUUAAUGCAUUUGGAAAAGCAUUUUUUCUUAACUUUUAUGCUGGUGGCCAGACUGACUUCUAGCUGGACUUUUACCUUUCUAGUUUUCUCUCUGAUUAGCUUCAUGACAUCCUUGUAGUCUUCCUGAGUUGCCUGACCCUUCUUCCAGAGCUGCUAAACUCUCUGUUCUUCCCUGAGUCCCAGUGGAAGCUUGCUGUUCAUCAAGGCUAGCCUUCCCUGGACCAGCUUCUGGCACAUUGCAAUGGGUUCCAUUUCUACCUCUACGACCUCCUUCCUGAGGAACCUCCACCUUCCUGGGCUCCCUGGCCCCUCAGGACUGCCUCCCAAGGGAUUCUCUCAACCUGUGGUCUGAACAGAGCAAAGCCUGUUCUCCACACAUCCAAGGUAAUGGUUUUGCUGACCCCUUUCCUCCUUCUUCCCUCCCUUCACUGAGAACUGAAAUCGAAUCGUGUCAUGGUCACUUUUACCAAGAUGGCCUCUGGCAACCUCCUCUCCCCCCAGUGCUCCUCUGUUUGCAAGCAGCAGAUUCCCUGGGACACCUCCCCUGGUGGGCUCGCCUGCCACCUCUGUCAGCCGGUUCUCUUCCACAUGCUCCAGGAACCUCCUGGAGCGUCUCCUGUUUGCUGCUGGGAUUCCCGCAGACCCCUGGUAAAUUGAAGAUGUCACUGAGGUUGUAGGCAGUGGAUGAUGGGGGGUCAUCCAUCUACCCCUAAUGCAAUUCCUUGCCCACCACUCAGCACUGGUGAGACACACCUGCAGGGCUGGUCCUGGAAUCCCAGGAUGAGGGAGGCGUGUCCGUACUGGAGCAAAUCUGGCAACAGCCACUAAGGCGGGAAGGGGACUGGAGCACACGGUGCAUGAGGAGAGGCUGGGAGAGCUCUGCUGACUUUUCUGGGACUAGAGCAGGCUGGGCUGUGUGUUCAGGGUGUGGUGAAGGCUGAAGGUGGGUGGGUGGGUAAAGGACACAAGUGAGACUCUCCUCUGUUCAAUGCAGAGACGGCAGGAGGCACAGUGGGCACACCUUGAAACGUGGCUAGUUAAAAUGAAAGGAAGGGUGGUGAUACACUGGAUCAGGUAGCCCAGAGUGCUUGUGGAGCCCCUGGGCUGGGACAAGAGUUGUCAUGAGUCCAUCCAUGGUGCUGCCAUGCAUGGAAGGAUUUGGGGAGAGGAGAGUGGCCUGGGACACUGCAGAGCAAUAUUUGUUUCAGGCAGCUGAGGAGGAACUGCAGUAAACCCUGAAUUUAGGGGCUGUUCUGAUAAAGGAGGGAUUUUAUCAAUGUGCCAGCAUGUCUCAUGCAAGGCAAGGUCAGCCACCCUUGAUCAUGGAAGCAAGGGGGAGCUGUCACAGAAUGAGGGGCACCUGAACGUGGCAAAGUCCCUCUGAGAGGUCCCUGGCAUAUGCAGGAGUACUCCCUAAUGAACGAGUUGAGUUAAGUAUUUGGUUAAAAGAGUGUGUUUGCAAGGGGGCAUCCUGUACUUAGGGCUUGGGGUGGGAGCAUGCAGCUCUAUGGAAGGAUCAGCUCAGUUAUCCUGGCAGCCCCAGCCGCAGACUGAGCACUGAGAAUUCUUAGCUAAGGAGAAAACAAACCAAGCCAUUUUCUCUCCUGUCUCAAGCUUAAAAUAUUGCAACUCUGUGGUUUAGCUAUCUCUUUUUUUUUUUUUUUAAAUUACUUUUUAACUAACUUGUUUGUUCACUGUGAAUCUAUGUGACCUUAGCAUCGGUUACUGGUUACAUAAAAGAUGUUGCUCUCUUCCCUUUCCUUUUCCACUGCUGUUUGUACUCCAUCAGUCAUCGUUCCUUUUCUGGAGGAGAAGGAGGUGUGAGACCAUAGAGUUGGUGUCAUCCUUUAAGAUUUUGAUUUCAUAAGUAUAUUUUCCAGCUGCAGAAGGAAUUUUGUAGUAUCUUGAAAGCAGGGACUGAUCAUGAUGGCUGUCUCAGGAGAGCAGGCUCUGGCUGGAGAAAGAAUGCUCAGGAUGCCCAGCUGCCUCCUAAAGCUGACCAGGGUGGUGCUGAGCCACAAGCCCUGUGCCCUGUUUAUCCUCAUCUUUGUGUUCGUAUCCUUUGCCUACAUCAAGUUGUACUGGGGCAUUGAGGAGGACCCAAAGAGCCACGGCCCCACCUACAGCUUGUCUGCUGAGAAUGGCUGCGCUCACUAUGUGCCUUCUCCCCUCGACACUGCUGGUGGGCCCUCUCCUUCCACAGGAAACGUGUUUUUUGUGGAGACCUCGGAGCAAACUUCCCCAAGUUACCUGUUCUCAUGCUCUGUGGAGUCUGCGGCCAGGUCACACCCCACGUCAAGGGUCGUGGUGCUCAUGAAAGGCUUGGCCAAAGGGAACGCCUCCUUGCCCAAACACUGGGCUUUCUUCUUGCUGAGCUGCUUCCCCAACGUGGAAAUCCAGCCCCUGGACUUGACAGAGUUCUUUUCUGGAACGCCUCUUGCACAGUGGUUCCAGCAGCCUCAGCGGCAACAGGAGCCUUAUUUUUUACAUGUCCUCUCUGAUGCCUGCAGAAUUGUCCUCAUGUGGAAAUUUGGUGGCAUCUACCUGGAUACAGACUUCAUUGUGCUUAAGAACUUACAGAACCUCACCAAUGCCCUUGGCAUUCAGGAUGACAAUGAACUGAAUGGGGCCUUUCUGUCCUUUAAGGCCAAGCACAAGUUCAUGGAGCUUUGCAUGCAGGACUUUGUGCAGAAUUACAAUGGCUGGGUCUGGGGGCACCAGGGCCCAGGGCUCCUAACUCGUGUCUUCAAGAAGUGGUGCUCCCUUGAGACUAUCAAGAGCAUGAGCUGCAGAGGUGUGAGUGCUCUUGCCCGAGAAGUUGUUUAUCCUAUUCCCUGGCAGAACUGGAAGAAGUUGUUUGAGGCAGUCACUGCCUUGGAGCUUCAGGAACUCCUUAAGAGCACCUAUGCAGUGCACAUAUGGAACAAACUGAGCCACGAGACCAAGUUAGAGAUCCCCUCCCAGGCUCUGCUGGCUCAGCUCUAUUCCCAGUUCUGCCCUGCCACCUAUGCAAAGAUGAAACAGGACUCUGAAGAGUUGUCAAGGCGUGCAGUGUGACCUGGGGGCCCUUGGCUGCAGGGAUGUUCCCCAGGCUGAAGGAAACCAAGUGCCUUUGACCUUCCCCAGAGUUGGUUUCUAGACCCCCGAGCAGGUGUUCUGUGUGACAGCUCUGUGGUUUUAAUACCUGAUAGUCCUGACAUUUCUGCCUCAGAUCCUUUGUGUUUCAAAUUUACAGCAGAACCUGACUUCAGCCUCUCUUGCUGUCCUUCACGAGACCUGUUGCUGCAGGGACGGCUGAACCCAUUCGCCAGCAUCCCUCAGCUGGUCCUGUCUUGGUGUUCUCCAGUGGCUUCUCCUGUGAACCCCAGCCUGAGCAGCCCCUUGUGAUGAUUCAACAGCUGUAGGGACCCUUGGCUUGCUCUCUGUAACAUUUCUGAUUUUGUGAAUCACUACCAGGCAGUGCCAAAAGUCACAGCUUGCUGGGGCUCAGACCAGAUUUUCCUGGCUGGCAAAGACCAUUAACAUGUGGGGAAAUACAUGAAGAGUAUAUGAAAUUGGCUUUAGGAAGCCGAAAAAUGUUUAGAUCCCUGUGUGGCUCACUGUGAAAUGAGCCACACAGGCUCACUAUGCACUAUGGCAUGCACUAUGUUGUAAACUUCUGAAGUGAGAAAAGGUCAAAUGAUGCUUCCUGCAGUUCCUGAUUCCAUAGCAGUGGGAUGACUUGUCUGGGACACCUCAGGAAAGCAAAUAGACAAAAUCAGUUCUUUGAGGAGUAAAAAUUAUGAAUAUCCUUACUCUGCUGAAGUAGUUCUUGUGGAGACCAACACCUCAGCAGCAAUUGUCACACCCUGAAGGGGUUCAGCAUUUCCUGUUUCUGCAGUGCUGUGAGGAGGAUUACAUCCUUUUCGUUGGAAUGUUGAGCCCAGUGUGGUAAUCCAGAGGACGACCUGUCCACAUCAGCAGAAGGACUUGGUGCAGGACUCCAAGCAGUGUCCCCAGGGACAAAAAUAAAAACUCAGAAGCACAUGAAGGUUGGAAAAGACCUCCAAGAUCAGGGAGUCCAGCCUUCAAUUCAGUAUCACCAUACCCACAAGCCCGUACCCCAAAGUGCCAUGUGUACUCAUUUUUUGGAGCACUUGCACUUCCAGGGAUGCUGACUCCACCACUUCCCUGGGGAGCCUGUGGCACACAGUGCUUAAGCACUCUGAAAGCUUUCCUCGUAUCCAAGCCGAACCUACCGUGGUGCACAGAGUGCUGCAUCCAGCCCUGGGCCCAGCACAGGAAGGACAGGGAGCUGCUGGAGCCAGUGCAGAGCUGGGAAACCAAGGGGAUCAGAGGGAUGGAGCAGCUCUGCUGGGAGGAAAGGCUGAGGGAAUUGGGAUUGUUCAGCCUGGAGAAGAGAAGGCUUUGGGGUGAUGUGAUCGUAGUCCUUCACUGCCUGAAGGGAACUUAAAGGAAAGUUGCUGAGAGACUGGUCCUGUCACUGCAGACCCUUGUCAAGGGAGAAUGGCUUCACACUGACAGAGAGCAGCUUUAGGUUUGAUAUGAGGGAGAAAUUCUUCCCUGUGAGGGUGGUGAGGCUCUGGCACAGGUUGCCCAUAGCAGCUGUGGCUGCCCUUGGGUCCCUGGAAGUGUCCAAGACCAGGUUGGAUGGGGCUCCGAGCAGCCUGGGAUAGUGGAAGGUGUCCCUGCCCAUGGCAGGAGGGGUGGAACAAGAUGAUCUUUAGCUUUCCUUCCAACCCAGACCAUUCUAUUGAUUUGAUCUCAUUCUGUCCCUUGUUCCCUGGGAGCAGAGCCUGACCCCCAGCUGGCUGCACCCUCCUGUCAGGGAGGUGUGGAGAGCAUUAGGGCUCCCCCGAGCCUCCUUUUCCUCCAGGUUGAACAGCCCCAGCUCCCUCAGCCGCUCCUCAUCAGACUUGUGCUCCAGCCUCUUGUCCUGCUCCGUUCCCCCCUCUGGACACGCUCCAGCCCUUCAGUGUCCAUCCUGCAGUGCCAGGCCCAGAACUGGACACAGCCCCUGGGGCGAGGCCUCCCCAGUGCCCACAGCAGGGGGGGACAGUCACUGCCCAGGUCCUGCUGACCACACCAUUGCUGACCCUGCCCAGCAGCCAUUGGCCUUCUUGCCCACUUGGGCAUGCACUGUGGACCAGCAGGCCCCGGCCCUUUCCUGCUGGGCUCUUCCCAGCCACUCUUCCCCAGCCUGGAGCUGCUGGGGGUUGCUGUGACCCAGGGGUAGUCCCUGGCACUCGAGAUCUUGUUCAACCUCAAGUGUAUGAAACGGGACUGGCUCUGACACUGGGCUUUGGGGCAUAGCACCAGUGACCCACUGCCCACUGGAUUAAUUCUACCACCACUCUCUGGGCCCAGCCAUCCAGGCGCUUUAUUCCCAGCAAACUUGGAGCCUGUUAAAUCUGUGGGCUGCAAGGACAAGGACACUCCAGGAGAGUGCUGUGGGAGCAGUGAUCAAAGGCUUUAGAAGGCCUGGGUACACAAUAGCCUUUCCACAGCCUUUUGCCAUCCAUUGGGUGUUCAUAGAAGGAGGUUGGGUCAGUCAAGCAGGACCUGCUUGAAUUUGAGCUGGCUGGGCCUGAUGCCCAAGUGGUGCAGCACACAUGGUGUCAUUGCACUCCAGGUAAUCUCUUCCAUACACUUCCCAGGAUCUGAGGUAUGACAGGCCUCUGGUUUUCCCAGUUGUUCCUUCCUAGCCUUCUCAUAGGGGGGUGUCACAUUGGCUAUCCUCCAGUCACCCAGGAGCUCUCCAGUUCACCAGGACUCCUGAUAAACAAUGGAGAGUGGAGCUUUGUGGGCUGCUUCACUAGCUCCCAGCAGAAGGAUGGCAUCUGCCUAGACUUGUGCAUGUCUGGGCAGCACAGCAGUUCACCAACAACUUCCUCCUGCAGUGCGGGGACUUAGUUCUGCUCCCUGUUUCUGUCUUCUGGCUCAGAGGGCUGGAUAUGCAGAGGGUAACUGGGCUUUCGCUUAAAGGCUGAGGUCAAGAAGGCAUUGAAUACCUCAGCCUCUCCCUCAUCCCUGGAGGUCAUGUUCCCACCCCAGCAUGCAAUAAAGGAUGGAGAAUCUC